AUGGCAUCUAUGCUUUGCCUUGGCAAUGGAAAUCCACCUUCGAUGCAUCUAUGCAUACCUUCCACAGUCAACAUUAUUCCUUGGAGGACUAGACUUCAUUCUAGCCUUGUCUCUAUUUCUCCUUCACUUACAAGCUGCUAUAAACGCCACAGAUUUGGGCAUGUCUUCCGUCCGAUAAUUUGUGCAUCAGCCAGGUCUCCAACACCUUCAAGAAAUGAAAAGAAUUGUGAUAACAAAAUUGUGAGAGCCGCAGUGGGGGCAUCUGUAGCUUUGGCUUGUGCUUUUGGUAUAAUUGGUGGCAACUUCAGAAUGAAUCCUAACGCCAUUGCUGGUCCUAAGGAAUUGUAUCAGAAAGCUCCACAAGUAGAAGAACAUCCUUCAUCACUUGGGAAGCUUGCACUGGAAUCGUUCCUGGAUGUGACAUCGGACCUAGCUUCUACCGGUACAGUGGUCCCAUUUGCUCCUUUUGAGCCGCCUCCAAGCCCUUCAGCAGAAGAGGUUAAAAAUAUUAAGAAGGAUGCAGUGCGGCUAAUGAUAUAUGGGAAAGAUGAAGAAGCAGUGAGGUACCUGCAAGAAGCAUAUGAAAAGUAUUGGAAUGAUCCUGAGCCUGCAUAUAAUGUGGAGAUGGCAUUAGUCGAAAUUCUCAUUUAUCAGCACAAAUACGAGCAGGCUUUGAAUUGCAAUUGCCUCAACGAUGAUAAUCAACUCCGCCCUUCAGAUGCUCGGGUUUUCCUUUACAAGGUCGUUACAUCUUGGGCCAUCAUCUAUCAGAAAUUCUAUGCUACGGCCUAA